UCUACAUUACAUUUUAAAGCGUUUUAAACAAAACAAAACAGCAGUGACUCGGAUUGAGACAUGGCAAGAGUGGCCUUUGCAGGCAUGACGUUUCUAUGGUUUGUUUCUUUACUCGUUCUUAAGCCUGCAGUCUCCGGCGUCACUCACAGAAGGCUUCCGGGGAAACACGUGGCCCUCUUCGUCUUCGGCGAUUCACUAUUCGAUCCCGGUAACAACAAUUACAUUAACACCACCCCUGAAUACCAAGCCAACUUCCGUCCUUAUGGGAAGACUUUUCUACGUUUUCCCCCCGGUAGAUUCUCCGAUGGUCGUCUAAUCCCUGAUUUUAUCAGUGAAUAUGCCAAACUUCCCAUGAUUCCCCCAUAUUUAAAGCCUGGAGUUUCCAACUAUGCAUAUGGGGUGAACUUUGCGUCUGGUGGGGCUGGAGCUCUUAUUGAGAGUCACCAAGGUUUUGUGGUAGACCUUCAAACUCAACUACGGUAUUUCAAGAAAGUAAAGAAACGGUUGAAUCAAACACUAGGCCCUGAAAAAGCCAAGACGUUGAUCUCUACAGCUGUUUACUUGUUUAGCGUGGGAGGCAACGAUUACAUUUCCCGUUUUACAGCUGACUCCACCAUUUUCGACAAUCACUACAAGAAAGAAAGCGUUGGCAUGGUGUUAGGCAAUUUGACCCAAGUUCUUCAAGAAAUAUACAAUACAGGAGGAAGGAAAUUUGGGUUUGUAAAUAUCCCACCAAUGGGUUGUCUUCCAGGGAUAAAAAUGCUUAAACCAGAAAAUAAUGGUGGCUGCUAUGAUGAAGUUACAUCUAUGGCUAAACUACACAACAUACUACUUCCUAAAGUCCUAAGAAAGAUACAGACUGAACUUACAGGUUUCAAUUACACAACAUUUGAUAUUUUUACUUCUGCGAGUAAAAGAAUUGACGACCCUUUAAAAUAUGGUUUCAAAGAUGCUAGUAUGGGAUGUUGUGGCAGUGGUCCGUACAGAGGAGUUUAUAGCUGCGGUGGGAAGAGAGGAGAGACAGAGUUUGAGUUGUGUGAUAACGUUGGUGAUUACUUCUUCUUUGAUUCUAUUCAUCCAUCUGAAAAGGCAUCAAAGCAACUAUCGCAGAUGUUUUGGAGUGGGGGCCCUGAUGUCGCAUGGCCUUACAAUCUUAAACAAUUUUUUGAAUUUUAAUUAAUGGAUCUGAAGACGAUCAUUGUGCAUUCAGCUGCAUGUAUGAAGAGUUUUAGGGCAUGUUUUUCAUCAGGAAAACAUUGAGUAUAGUCAUAAAAUGAGAAUAAAAUGAUUGUUAAGUGCGUGAUGUCAUUCAGAGGGUUUAUUUUAUUUUAGGACUGUGUUAGGUUGAAUUUAAAAUUGCUUAUUAUUAUUUAAAAUAUUAAAAUAAAUAACUUUAACACUA